GGUCUUAAGAAACAAUGAGGUCAACUAUAAGAUCAGGUCAAAACGCUCGAGUAGAUGGGAUUGUUUUGCGGGGGAACAUGCGCUGUCCACCACACGGAACAUAUUUUGGUAUGUUUUGGGUUUUUUUGUGACACUUAAAGACAUGUACAACUUUACCUCAUCCCUGAGCGCUCAUGGAGAGCCAGCGGGUCGUAUUUUCCUGGGUUUCGCUCUUUCUCUCCUCGUGUUGUGGACGCUUUUGGGGAAUUUCACAGUUUGCGCUGCUGUUUUGCGCUUCCGUCACCUGAGAGGAAAAGUUACCAACGUCUUUAUCGUGUCUCUGGCAAUGUCUGACCUGCUGGUGGCUGUUCUCGUGAUGCCGUGGAAAGCGGCCACGGAGGUGACGGGACACUGGGCGUUUGGCUCUUUCUGCGAGUGCUGGGUGGCUUUUGACAUUAUGUGCUCCACAGCCUCCAUCCUCAACCUGUGCGUUAUCAGCUUGGAUCGAUACUGGGCUAUUUCAAACCCGUUUCAGUACGAGAGGAAGAUGAACCGUAGAGUCGCCCUUGUUAUGGUCAGCGUAACGUGGAUCGUAUCGGUGGCCAUAUCAUUCGUGCCCGUGCAGCUGAACUGGCACCGGGCAGACCUGGACACGGUCAACACAAGCAACUGGACCACGAAGGAAAUGUGUGAUUCGAGUCUGAGUAGAACUUAUGCCAUAUCAUCUUCCCUAAUAAGUUUUUACAUUCCCGUAGCAGUGAUGUUGGUCACAUACACGCGCAUCUACCGCAUUGCUCAGGUUCAAAUCAAGAGCAUCUCUUCUCUGGAGCGCGCAGGGGAGCGCGCGCAGAGCUGCAGGGCAGGUGCGCGCACCUGUCCUCUCCAACACCGCGCGAUAAGAGAAACCAAACUCUUUAAAACUCUGUCCGUGAUUAUGGGGGUGUUUGUGUGCUGCUGGUUCCCGUUCUUCGUCCUGAACUGUGCGGUUCCGUUCUGUCACAAGCCCAAAUGUGUCAGUGAAGCAACUUUUGACGUGUUCGUGUGGUUCGGCUGGUGCAACUCAUCGCUCAACCCGAUCAUUUAUGCUUUCAACUCUGAUUUCAGAGAUGCUUUUGCUCGACUUCUGUGCUGCCAUGGCUUGUGCACCAAAACACCUCUUGGUAUUCAGUGCAAGGAUCCAGUGUCCACUUAUAACCAGGGCAGCUCUGUUAACACUAUGGAGGUCGGUUAUGUCAGUUUGCACAGGGUGGACAACGAAAUGCAACGUCCAUUGGUGGAGCUGCAUAUGCUUAGAGAUGAGAGCGAGGUUAAGCAUAUUAACUCAGAAGAUGCAUGUCAAAAUAAAUGACUUUUAGGCGUAGGGGAGACCGGGGCAAGUUUUCACACUUAAUAUUUCUCAGGUUGCAUUUUUGAAAGUCCAUUUCUGUAUAGGCACAUAUUUAAUAUUUUAGCUACAAAAAAAAAACUUUAAAAAUGUCCAACAUAAAAUUCAGCAACAUUAAAUGAAGAACUUAAAGGGAUAGUUCACCCAAAAAUGAAAAUUCUGUCAUCACUUAUUCACCCUCAUGCUGUUGCAAACAAUUUUGACUUACUUUCUUCUGUGGAACAUAAAAGAGAAUAUUUUGAUAAAUGUCUACACAAUGGAAGUCAAUAAUAACCAAAACUGUUUGGUUACCAAAAUUAUUUAUAAUAUCUUCUUUUGUAUUGUGAAGAAGAAUUAAAGUAAUAUAUGAUGAGUAUGAUGACAGAAUUUUAAUUUUUGGGUGAACUAUCCCUUUAAGAAAAUGAAAAGAAUGGUUUGUAUCUUGUGUGUUUGUGAACUUACACCAGAAUAAGAACUUACACCUCUUGAAAGUAAUUAUAUAUAUAUAUAUGUAUAUAUAUAUAUAUCAUACAUUUGUCUUUAAGUUUUCAGUUAAUCUCCCUUCAGUUGACUCUUAGCAUAAUCCCAGUGUGAUUCUAUUGUGUUACCCAACAGCUAUAAUUUGGAAGAUGGAAUACAUAAAAAUAUCCUAAAUUAUGACAGAUUUGAACUAGGUGGUUGAAACCAAUUGCAUCUAUACAUCAAACUCUUCAAGUUCCUUAGAUAUAACCCUUGUGACAACUUCCUGUGUCUCCCCAUAGUCUACUUUUUUGUUUACUGAUUUGCACAUAUUUGAAGAUGACCACAAAGGUCAGGUUAUCGCAUCUGUGGCCACAGAAGCAGGUCUGAGGUUUUAAUAGACCGGAUGCCAAAGAGCUUGACGAGUCCCAAGUAUCGUUUUCCAUUAGGCACGAGUGCACAUCGUUACUUCCUUUCAUAAAUAAUUAGUUGGCUGCAAUCUCCACUCAAGGAAUGUUACAUUUCAGUGUGCAAGAGCUUUCAGACUAUAGAUUCUGUUUGGCAUGCUAAAGUGCAUUGAGCAUGUUGAUGCUUGCAGGAUCUGGUAUUUGAAGAAAAUGGUAUUUUAUAGGCUCAUAAGUACAUAAUAAUCAGGUAUAUUCUAUUAAUUAGACUUUAGAAUAAGGUUGGACAUCCUGCUCCCUCUAUUAAACAUACUACUCAUAAUUCUUCUUGAUUUAUGUUCAAUUAAAUUAUUAAUUGCAAGCACCAAAUUGUAAGCACCAAAUGUCAUUUAAUAUGGGUUUUCCUGUAAAGGUUGCACAGAGCAGCAUUUCCUGAGCCUUGGGAGUUUUUUAAGGACUCAUUGGGCUGGAGUGCAUUCACAGCAGGCAUGUUACGUAUGUAAUUAAUUCACAAUGAGAGGUUUCAGUUGGCUCACAGCAAUGAAUAAAACAUUGAAAGGCAAUGCCUAAUCCCUUAAAAACCUUAAACAAACUGAAAAAUGAGAAUUGUUUACAAAUGUUGAUUUUAAAAUGACAAGUGUUAAACUACAACAGCAUGACUGUUAUGUUUACAUGCAAACUCAGCAUAAAUGCAUUUGUGGGUAAAUCACUGCUCAAAUUUGUUGCUGAAUGGAAAAGUGUUUAAAAUUGAUGGCCCCUGUAGCUAAAAAUACAUCUUCUGUCCGUCCUUGAUGUCUUCAUUCUUGAAGCACAUCCAGCCCCUGAGGCUUGCUUUAAUUUUGGAAUCCACAGGGAUGUUUGUCUAUUGAGAUUGUUAAAAAGAGCCAUGAUGGAGCUGCUAAGAACAAGCUCAUGCUUCUUUUUAUCUAAACUCAGAUCAGAUCAGACUCAGGCUUAAUUUCUUUCAGUGGCUGGGGAGUAACAAUGUAACAAUUAAAAUCCUUAUAGGUCACAAAAUAUUUGGAUAAUUAAAGGGGUCCUAAUAUUUUUUUACAUGUUCACUUUUCUUUAGUGUGUAAUGUGGCUGCUUGAGCUUGAAAAAUGUUUACAAAGUCCACUUCAAUGGGAGUUAUUCUCGAUAUCAGCAAGCACUGUUUCCGACCUGGCCCUGUUUACACCUGGUAUUAAGAUGCGUUUUGGUCAAUCGGAUGACAAGUGGACGACGUUAAAUACAGGUGUAAACGGGGUGUAAAACGUUUUGAGCUUGUUCACUUUCGACCACUUCCAGAGGUAGUCGAAAACACAUUCGACUGGAUUGCUUUUGAAGUGUAAACGCUUAUGUGCUUGAAUGUGUUUGAACAGCCACUAAAGACUGCCUACUCUCCGCCUGACCUAAUGCAUAAACAUUAUGGAAAGCACGCUAGCCAGACGGGAUUUAAACUUUGUCAGCUGAAGAACCAAGUUUGGUUUGAAGAAGAAAAAUGU